AAAACACAGAACUUAUCCUCUCUCGCUCACUCCACAACGAACAAUAAGGCUUUAUCAUGGCUGCUUCCUCAAUCCCGCCGUUAACCGCCGCAACCUCCGUCGUUCGCAAAUCGCUCUUCCUCUCCACAACCACUUUCUCCUUCCCCGCUUCUUCCUUGUCUCCCUCCAUCAAAUUACCUCAAAAACACACUCACAGAAGACUCCUCCUAGCUUCCUCCUCCUCCGCCGCCGUUCCUUCCGAUUCCAAACCCGCAGCGAAGAAAGAAACUGUCUAUUUCGACGGCGGAGCUCACUACGGGGAUCUACUGGCCAACCUCGUCUUAGGCCUAACCAUCCUCUGGCUCCCACUAACGCUAGCCGCCGUGUCUCGAGCGUUUAACCUCCGUUACAGGUUCACCAACCUCCGCGUGACGGUGAUAUCGGGGCUCACCGGGGAAGACCGGAGCGACUUCUCGUACAAGGUGAUCAAGGACGUCCAGGUUGUGCCGAGGUUCAUAGGAGAAUGGGGUGACAUCAUCAUCACGCUGAGAGACGGGACGAAGGUGGAUCUGAGAAGCGUUCCUAAGUUCAGAGAGAUCGCUAAGUACUGCUUAGCCAUGGCUGAUCAACCUGCCGUUGUCAAAGAAUCUGGUGCUAAAGGCUUCUGAAAAAUGUUUGGCAAAAUGAUAAACAAAGUUUUAAAUCUUUUGUGAUUAUUGAUUGUUCAGUAGAAUUCGAGCCGUUUUCAUGUUCUCUGUAUCUUUCUAUCUUAGUUAUCUCUAUGUGGGAGAACUACGUGUUUACGAUAUAGGCGCGCUUUUACUUUA